UUUCUUUCUGCCUCUCUCCUUCCUUGUUUCGCUCUCUCUCUAGAUUCCCGCACUUCCUCUCUCUAGCCCCCAAAAAGCGCACUAUUUCGGUGGAUCUGAGCUUCAAUUAGGCCGAUUAAUCCGGACAGAAUCCGACUCGAAUUGAGGGUAUUAGACUUUCUGUUUUGUUCGUGGAUUAAAUAUCGAUCUAGGGUUUUGUGGGGCUUGAAUUGGUGAAGAAUUUGAGGUAGGGAAGUUUCUGGGGUGGUGAAGGAGGUUGGGAAUUGAUGGUUAUCGUGGAAGGGAUUGAAGGAGGGAUCGAAGGAGGGAUCGAAGGAGGAGGGAUUGGGGAAAAUGCAAGGCUAUGCAUGGAAUUGGGCGGGCUGUUGAGGAGAGGAAACGGAGUCGGCACAUGUGGACAGUCUCCACUCGUGCGAUCGUAGCUGCCACAGUCGAUGGUUCUUCUUCGCCUUCAGCUAAUUCGUUCUGUAAGGAUGGACGCAAGAUCAGUGUUGGUGACUGUGCUCUUUUUAAACCACCUCAGGAUUCCCCACCUUUCAUUGGAAUAAUUCGUUGGUUGGCCGUGAGUAAAGAAGAUAAAUUGAAGUUAGGUGUGAACUGGCUAUAUCGUCCUGCUGAAGUAAAGCUUGGCAAAGGCGUCCUGUUGGAAGCUGCGCCAAACGAAAUUUUCUAUUCCUUUCAUAAGGAUGAGAUUCCUGCUGCAUCGCUACUCCAUCCGUGUAAAGUUGCAUUCCUUCCUAAAGGUGUUGAGCUUCCAUCAGGGUUUUCAUCAUUUGUGUGUCGGCAGGUUUAUGAUGUUACAAACAAGUGUUUAUGGUGGCUAACUGAUCAGGAUUAUAUUAAUGAACAUCAGGAAGAAGUAGAUCACCUAUUACGUAAGACGCAAAGUGAAAUGCAUGCAACAUUGCAGUCAGGCGGUCGAUCUCCUAAGCCGAUGAGUGGUCCGACAUCAACAUCGCAGUUGAAAGGUGCCUCAGAUAGUGUUCAGAAUAGUGCCUCGUCUGUUCCUUCUCUAGUAAAGGGGAAGAAAAGGGAAAGGGGAGAUCAGGCCUCUGAGCCUGUCAAACGAGAGCGUACCACAAAAGCAGAUGAUGGGGAUUCCUGCCACAGUAGAACGGAAAGCAGUUUAAAAUCUGAGACUGCCAAAAUCACUGAGAAAGGAGGGCUCAUAGACUCUCAAGGGGUCGAGAGACUGGUGCAGCUCAUGCAGGCUGACAGAACCGAGAAGAUAAUAGAUCUGGCUGGGCGGUCUAUACUUGUUGGUGUUAUAGCAGCCACAGAUAAGUUCGAUUGCCUUAGUCGGUUUGUGCAGCUCAGGGGCUUGCCUGUAUUAGAUGAAUGGCUCCAAGAAAUACAUAAAGGGAAACUUGGUGAUGGUAGUGUCUCCAAGGAUGGUGAUAAAUCUGUUGAGGAGUUUCUCUUGGUUUUACUUCGUGCACUUGAUAAGCUCCCUGUAAAUCUUCAGGCCUUACAAAUGUGCAACAUUGGGAAGUCUGUGAAUCAUUUGCGCACUCAUAAGAACUUGGAAAUUCAGAAGAAAGCAAGAAGUUUAGUUGACACCUGGAAGAAGCGUGUUGAGGCUGAGAUGAACAUCAAUGAUUCAAGGUCUGGUUCAAAUCAGCCUGUUCCCUGGCCAAGAACACGUCUUCAUGAAGUUUCCCACGGUGGGAACAGACACUCAGGAGCAUCCACUGAUGUUGCUAUAAAGAGCUCGGUACCACAGCUCUCUGCAUCUAAAACUGCUUCAGUUAAGGUUGUCCAGGGGGAGAGCACUUCUCGGACUGUAUCUGCAUCUCCGGGGUCCAUGAAACCAGUGCCAUCAAAUGCACACUCAAUUACUAACUUGAAAGAUGGCCAGCCUCGACAUGCUGCUGGUGUUGCCUCUGAUUUCCCUCUGAGUACUGCAAGGGAUGAGAAAAGCAGCAGUUCCAGUCAGUCUCACAACAGUCAAUCUUGUUCUAGUGACCAUACUAAAACAGGACUUUCAGGGAAGGACAAAAGGAGCCCUACUGCUGGUUCAGUGAGUGGAAAUAGGAAAUCAGGUGGUUCUUCACGGCAUCGGAAACCAAUAAAUGGCCACCCUGGCUCCACACACUCUGGAGCUCAAAAGGAAAGUGGUUCAAGCAGAAGUUCCUUGCACAAAAAUCCAGCCUCAGAAAAACAAUCACAAUCUGGAUUGUCAUGUGAAAAGGCACUUGAUGGGCCUGGCAUUGAGGGUAACAGUCAUAAAUUGAUUGUUAAGAUUCCCAAUCGAGUUCGCAGUCCUGCGCAAAGUGUCAGUGGAGCAUCAUUUGAAGACCCUUCAAUUGUGAAUAGCAGAGCUUCUUCUCCUGUGGUUUCAGAGAAGCAUGAUCAGUAUGAUUGUAGCUUGAAGGAUAAGAGUGAUGGCUAUCGAGCCAAUAAUACUUCAGAUGUGAAUACUGAAUCGUGGCAGAGUAAUGAUUUCAAAGAUGUGCUGACUGGUUCUGAUGAGGGUGAUGGAUCAACCGCUGCCGUUACAGAUGAAGAGCGCCCUAGGACUGGCAACAAGGGUAAAAAAUUGGCAAAAGCUAAAGCUGCUUCAUCAUCAUCAGGAAACAAACAUAAACCAUGUAAUUCACACGAGGCUUCUUUGCGCUCUAUGAAUGCUUUGAUUGAAAGUUGUGUCAAGUUCUCAGAAUCUAAUAUAGCUAUGUCCAUUGGAGAUGAUGUUGGAAUGAACCUGCUUGCUAGUGUUGCUGCUGGAGAGAUGUCCAAGUCUGAUUUGCUUCCACCCACUGAUUCUCCGCAAAGAGAGGCACCUGCAGUUGAGCCCUCCUGUACAGCUAGUGAUUUGAAAGUCAAAUCAUCUCCCAUUGAUGACCUUGUUCCAAAUAAUAGCCAGUCUAAUGAUGGUGCUCAUGUUGAGGAUGAGAAGCAGGUUAUAAUUUUCAGUAAAGUUGGGCAUAAAAAUGGAGAAAGUGAUCCUGCGUCUUUGUCUGUUGAAAGAGCUAUUGGAGGGGAUAGUGGGCGAUUUAAUUCUUCAAGUAUGGACUUGCAGUCAACUACAUACCCAUGCAUAGAAAGCAAGGGAAAAUCAAAUGAAAUAACUGCUGCAGUGGCUUCCUCCCCUGCAAGCACAAUGGAAGAAACCAUGGAUAUUGAAGGAGGCAAACCUCUUCAUAAUGAAAAGGCAGUUGAUGGGGUGACUGCAAAUGCCAUUCUUGAUGCUAAAGAAAUAGCAGGUGGUCCUAUGUUGGAAAAAGAGAAGUUCAGUGAUAUGGUUACAAGUCCAAAAGUCCAAAUGGAAGCCAUUGAAGGCUCCUCGUCUUACCCAUGUCUAGAGAUUGAUGGCACGAACAAGAAGGCUACGAAUGAAGGGUUGAACAGUGGUGUGAAGACAGAAGAGAAGCCUCCUGCUUUGUUAAUCCAUUCUGAGGUUGUGAAAGGAAACGAUGAAGAGGUGCUGCGUCCUUCUGGCGGUGAAAAAGGUUUGGUUCCUGAAAAUGUCAAAAUGAAGGUUGAAAAGUAUGAGGAAAGAGAUGCAAGGAGCCAUUUUAAGCAUACUGAGAUAGAAAAUAACGAGUCUGAAGGUAAUGCUCCUGCAAGCCCUAAGAAUCGGAUUUUAGUUGGUUUAGGUUCAGUUCAUACUAAUUAUGAUGGGGAGUGUCUGGAGGAGAAUUUGGAAAGCAAAGGAGUCAAUGAGCAACAUGGUAGACCAGCUACUGACAAGGUGUCACUUGCAUCUCCUGUGCAAGAAAUGGAACAGCGUGAGAGGUCCAGAGGGUCCAAGUUGACUGGUACAGAAGCAGAUGAUGCUGAGGAAUGUACAUCAACCACUGCAGAUGCUUCUUGUAUAUCAGCUGCCGGGGUGUCAGAUAUGGAUGCCAAAGUGGAAUUUGAUUUGAACGAAGGCUUUGCUGUUGAUGAUGGAAAACUUGGGGAGAUAAAUAACUUGACAGCAGCACGAUGUUUAGCUGCCACUCCUCGGGUUAACCCAUUACCUUUUCUUGUUUCUUCUGUGUCUGGUGGUCUUCCUGCUUCAAUUACAGUGACUGCAGCUGCCAAAGGGCCCUUUGUUCCACCAGAUGACCUAUUGAAGAGUAAAGGAGAACUUGGUUGGAAGGGAUCAGCAGCCACUAGUGCCUUUCGGCCAGCUGAACCUCGGAAAGCUCCUGAGAUGCCACAGGGCACCACAUUCAUUCCUCUUCCUGAUGUUACAGCUGGCAAGCAUGGUCGCCUCCCUUUGGAUAUUGACUUGAAUGUCCCUGAUGAAAGAAUGCUCGAGGACUUGGCUUCUCGAGAUUCUGCACAGGAGCAGGGUAAUUUACCCGGCCUGACAAACAAUCGCGGAAUGGCACGUGAGGAACUGAUGGGCUCUGCACCUGUUCGAUUCCCUGGAGGUCUUGAUCUCGAUUUGAACCGUGUUGUUGAUACUUUGGAUAUGGGCAAUCACUCAACCAGCAGUGGUCGUAGAAUGGAUGUCCCACUUGUCCCAGUCAAAUCACCAUCAGGUGGUCCUCUUAAUGAUGCAGCAAGUGCCCACCGGGAUUUUGAUUUAAACAAUGGGCCUGUUGUCGAUGAGGUGAGUGCUGAAACUUCACCGUUUGUUCAUCUUGCCAGGAGCAGUUUGCCAGUCCAGGCUCCUGUUUCCAGCAUUCGAAUGAGCAAUGCCGAACUGGGAAACUUUUCACCGUGGUUUCCUUCAGGAGGCACUUAUUCAGCAGUAUCAAUUAUGCCUGACAGAGGGGAGAAUCAUUUCCCAAUUGUUGCGACUGGUGGGGCGCAAAGGUUGUUGGGUCCUACUGCUGGCAGCAACCCAUUCAGUCCUGAUGUCUAUAGGGGGCCAGUGUUGUCAUCCGCUCCUGCAGUGCCCUUCCCUUCUAGCCCUUUUCAGUACCCCGUCUUCCCUUUUGGCAGCUUUCUUUUGCCUUCAGCCAGUUUUUCAGGUGUUUCAACAGCAUAUGUGGAUUCGUCAUCUGCUGGGAAGGUUUGCUACCCUGCCCAUACACCGUUUUUAGGACCUGCUGGUGCAGUUUCAUCCCAUUUCCCCAGACCUUAUGUUGUUAGUUAUCCUGACAGUAGCAAUAACAGUAGUGGUGAGAGCAGUCGGAAAUGGGGAAGGCGUGCAUUAGACCUUAAUGCUGGUCCGGGAGGCCAAGAUAUUGAAGGGAGAGAGGAGACUUCUCUUCCACAAAGGCAGCAGUCUGUUGCCAGUUCACAGGUUAUUCCAAACGAGCAAGCAAGGACGUACCAGGUAGUUGGUGGCGUUUUGAAGAGGAAGGAGCCAGAGGGAGGUUGGGAUGGGUACAAGCAAUCACCUUGGCAGUAACAAAAAAAGAAAAAAGAAAAAAAGAAAAAAAAAUUGAGAUUCUCACAAUCUGGUGAUUCAUGAAAACAACAGUUUCUUGAUUCUGUGUUUGUCACUCACUUGUAAUGUGCAUAGUCCAAGUCACCAGAGAGGGAAAGAGAGUCUAUGUAAAGUUUCUCGGAUUGUGCAAAGGGGAAAGAUGGGAAAGGGUUUUGUUUAAGAGUAAAUUUCUAAAUGACGAGAAAUUUUUGUGUUUUCUCCAUCACAUGUAUGCAACCUUUUCCUUUGCUCGUUAGCUAAAUAAGAAAGGUAACAUGUUACAUAUUGCAUUAA